AUUUUAUCCUUCCUUAACAUCGGGAAUGAUAAAAUGAACUUAAAAUUAAAUUAAAACCGUUUUUUCUUCUAAAUCAUCAAAAGAAAAUUAAAAAUUUGUGUUGAAGAUUUUGAUCUGUUGGUUACUUUCUGAAAUCACUCUCCAUGGCGAUAGCAACAGUGAAAGUCGGCAAUGUUUCCUUAGGUGCGACAGAGCAAGAUAUAAAGGAGUUCUUCUCUUUUUCUGGUGAAAUCGAUUAUGUCGAAAUGCUUGGUGACAAUGAGCGGUCUCAAAUAGCAUAUGUCACAUUCAAAGAUCCACAAGGGGCAGAGACUGCAGUUUUACUUUCAGGGGCAACUAUUGUUGAUCAGUCAGUUACCAUUGAACUAGCUCCAGAUUAUAAGCUGCCAGCUGCUGCUUCAGUCCCCACAACUGCUACCGAGAACAGUGCUGCAUCUGGUGCUGGAUCUGCUUUCCAAAAGGCCGAGGAUAUUGUAAGCAGCAUGCUUGCCAAAGGCUUCAUUUUGGGAAAAGACGCAGUCGGUAAAGCAAAAACAUUUGACGAGAAGCACCAGUUCACUUCUACUGCCACUUCUAAGGUAGCGAGUCUGGAUCAAAAAAUCGGACUGAGUGAAAAAAUAAGUGCUGGUACAAGUCUAGUCAAUGAUAAAGUGAAGGAAGUAGAUGAAAAGUUUCGAGUUACUGAGACAACCAAGUCAGCAUUGGCAGCUGCUGAGCAAACAGUCAGCAAUGCUGGAUCGGCCAUCAUGAAGAAUCGUUAUGUUUUAACCGGGGCAACAUGGGUUACUGGUGCAUUCAACAGAGUUGCUAAGGCCGCAGAGGAGGUAGGACAGAAGACAAAAGAGAAGGUUUUGGCCGAGGAGGAACAGAAUCAAGUGGCGCAAGGUUAUACCCAUAUCCACGAGACUGAUUCCCCGAAUAUGAGUGAGCAAAUGUCAAGGAGCGCACAUUAAUAAUAUGUGGCUCGUCGAUUACCUCAAGACCAUGUAGAUAUCUUCUUAGGGAUUUGGAUCUUAUCGUAUGAACAUUAUCUGUUUUUUUUUUUGGGGUUUCCUGUUGGUUUGGAAGUAGUUAGUACAGAACAUUGUCAUGCUGGGCAUUUUCUCUUUACGAGAUAUAGCCAGCAGUCCAACUCUUUAAUGUUUUUCAUAAUAUAUUUAAAGCACAAAUGGACAUUGUUGUGCAAAAACUGUUUGAAAAAUAUAUAAAAUUUGGUUGAUUCCUUUGUUUGUA